AUGGCGAUGGAGCAGUACAUUGACGAAGUGCUGAAGCGCGAAGGCCCCAGGGGUUUGAUGCUGGCGGGGGCUGUGGCGCCUCCCACGGAGAACUUGCCCAAAACCCUAGACAAGCGUGUGAUUCACCGGUUUCUGGGCGUGUGGGCCUUCGACCGCAGCCGCAGCAGCAGCAUGUCCCCCAUUACUGAGCAUUUGGGGGUUCCGUGGUUUAUUCGAAGUGCUGUCGAAACCCUAAACCCUAAAAUAGAGUAUUCUCUCGAAGACAAACACGGAGUUCCCGAGUUCGCCAUCACCACCACCCUCACUGCAGGAGUCUCCAAGACGGUGCGGCUGAACCUGGGUGGCGCUGCAGUGGAGGCUGAAGACGAAGACGUGGGGGCCUGGAGCAGCAGCAGCAAACUGGAAGGAAAUGUUUUGAAAACAAUUCAAAGAAAUGCAGCGCAGCAAGCCACUCUUUUCGAGACUCGCGAGAUCAAACCCGACGGACACGGCAUGGAGACUGACGCGCUGUGGUACCGCGUGACUUUGCGCAAAGAAGGUCUUCCUGGAGAAGUCUCUGCUGUCCGCGUCUUCAAAAGAAUUUCCGGACCGCCCCCGGGACUCUGCGAUGGAGGCCCUGAAGCAGCAGCAGACUCGGAAGGCUCUGCCUCUACAGCUCCCUCGCCCGCGAAGCCGCUAGAGGGGGAGGAGGCGCAGCAGCAGCAGCAGCAGCAGCAGCAAGGGCAGCAGCAAACGGAGAAGAAACAGCAGCAACAAGAACAGCACCAAGAUCGGCAGCAGCAGCAGGAGCAGCAGCAGCAGCAGCAGCAGGAAGAGGAGCAGAAGCCGGAGCAGCCGCUGCCGGCCUGGCACAGAUUCAAAUCCAGGGGCAAGGCGAUAGGCGCGGAGGUGCAGUGGAUUGUGGACCACCUGGAAGACAGCAGCUGCUUCCAACGCACCGGCGGGCGGGGCUUCGAAACUUUCAAAAGUGAUCGCUACAGAUUCAAAGUUGCUGCGCAGCAGCAAGUUGCUGCAGCAGAGCAGCCGCCGCUGCUGGGCGUGGGGCGCAUCAACUUAGGCGCAGUCCCGCUGCAGCGCUGCAUCGACUUCCUCUCCACUCCCGAAAACAAAAUGAAAUUCGACUCUUCUUCCAACAAAGUCUUCACCAUUGCGAACGACGGAGACUUUUCCCUCGUCUACCAAUCCUUCAAAGGCCAGUGGGGCUUUUCGGGAAGAGAUUUUGUCAUUGCCUGCUGGAGCGUAAAAGUGAGCGAAGACAGGACAAUUUUGUGCUGCGAGUCUGUGGACUGGAAAGAGCCAAUUGAAGGCCAAGUCCCCGACUUAGUCCGCGGCGUGCUGCAGCUGGCUGGCUAUGACCUGCAGCGGCAGCAAAACGGAGAUGUGCUGCUGAGCUUCUGCGUCCAGGCUGACUUGAAGACGGCCGGUGUGCCGGAGUGGAUAAACAGCAGAGUGAAGGCGGAGCAGCUAACAGUGGUGAAAAGCAUAAAGAAUUGCAUUCAGAAAUUAUAA